AUGGUGAAAACGCCGUUAUUUUCGUUGGAACCAUCAUCAUCAUCAUCAUCAUCAUCACUAUCAGUGGCACAAACAACAUCAUCGGUCGCACAAACAAAACGUCAACGGACAAAAUUUAUUCAAGCACUGUCUUCCUUUUUGACAUUCUCUUUCAUCACACUUCCUUCCAUGAGCCAACCAGCCACAGCAGCAGUAUCCUUGGUGCCGCAAGAGGCCAUGUCGGUCGUGUCCAAAGUACCUUGGAAACGGGUGGUGAAAGCUGUGGCGGCAACGAUUGCCGUGACGAGUUCCAUUCAGGCAUAUCAAGUCAAGAAGCGACAGGCCAAAUUGGCGACAUCGGAAUGGGAACGAUAUGCCAAUUAUCCCAUGGCCAGAGGCCGUGCUACCUUUUGGUUGCUUACACAACAAAUGAUAAUGGUGAUCCUUUCCAAGCUUGUUUGGUUCAAAUCUUCGGAAAUUAGGACGUAUGCAGGAAAGCAUUUGGCCAACAAUCUGUUGAAAUUGGGACCACUCUACAUCAAAUUGGGACAAAUCAUCUCGUCCAGGGCAAAUUUGUUGGGAAAGGAAUGGAUUGAAGCCAUGAGCAUUCUGCAAGACAAUGUACCUGCAACUACGGGUGACGACGCAUGGGAAUUGGCGUACUCGACCGUGGACGGAGGCAAAAAAGAGUUUGAUAAAUUGUUUAGUGACUUUGAUACCACCCCUUUGGCAGCCGCCAGUCUUGGACAAGUCCAUCGAGCCAAGUUGCGUUCCACUGGUGAUGAAGUCGCUCUCAAGCUACAGCGACCCUUUCUGCGUAAGAUUUAUGACCAGGAUCUCGCCGUAUUGACCAAGAUCGCCACCUUUUUUGACAGCUUGCCGGGAACUGGUAAGAAUGUUGGCGGUGUGUCGUCGUCGUGGACCAAGAUUGUGAAUGAUACCGAAAAUAUUUUGUAUCGGGAGAUCGAUUAUCGCGAUGAAGCCAGCAAUUCGGUCCGUUUCGCGAACGAUUUUGGAUUGGCCUUGCAUGGAAAACCAGCUGCCAACUGCACCGCCAAGACCAAGGCUGGAGAAGCUUUGCCCAGUGCCGCAGAAUGGCUUCGAACUCCUCACAUCUUUGAAGAAAUUUGUACCGAACAAUUGUUGGUGAUGGAGUUUGUUCCCUCGAUCAAAAUCACGAGCAUGGACAAGCUUGCAAAGGCUGGCGUCAGUGAAAACGACAAGAUUGAUCUUGCCAACGCUUUGGCAAGAGCUUACUUGCGACAAUUGUGCUGUAACUGCUUCUUCUCAACAGACCCCCAUGCUGGAAAUCUCGGAGUCGAAGUCAUGGAGAAUGGAAAACCCAGACUAGUAAUGUAUGACUUUGGUCAAGCUGCUACCUUGACGCCCAAUCAAGCGGAUGGUAUUCUCGACAUUAUCGAGGCUAUCAUUGAUAUGGAUGUAGACCGAUCCAUAGACGCUUUCCAAAAGAUGGGUGUUCUUGUGGAUGAUGCUGACUUGAACAAAGUUCGGGCAAAGGUUGCCGAAAACUACCGCACCGGGAAGGUCAAGGCCAACCGAAAGACGCUUCGUCGCAAUGGAUAUGAGCUGAAGGAAGAGACAUCCGCAGCAAGUCUAGAAGCAGAUGAAGAAGGGAAAGGAAAGGACUCGGAGAUCAUGUCGUUCUUCACCUUGCCCGCAGAGUAUGCCUUUGUGGCUCGCGCAUUAUCGCAAAUGGAUGGCGUAGGAAAGCUUCUGGAUUCAGAGUUUGAUUUCAUUUCCAACGGAGCCCAAUAUAUUGUGGAGAUUAAGGGAGCACAAGAAUACUUGAAGGACGAAGUCAACAAGUUCUUCGAAAACAUAUGCCAAAAACUGAAGAGCCUCACAAGUCAAUCUUAA